UCACUUGCAUCAACAUCAAAGUCAUUUGCUUUCACGUGCCGCUCAAUAGUAGUGGUGGUUCAGGUGGGGUUUGCAUGAUAACAAAUCGUGUCUCUGUGGGAAAAACUUGUCAUUUAUCGUCAAAAUGAGUGAUAAAACAAAUGGGUUUCACGACGAUUUCGAGGAAGUUCGGGUUCCGGUACCGUGGGGCCAUAUUAGUGGCAAAUGGUGGGGUCCCAAAUCCACUCAGCCCAUCCUGGCCAUCCACGGCUGGCAAGACAACGCGGGCACUUUCGACACCUUGGCCCCCUUGCUCGCCGCCAAAGGCCACUCAAUCCUCUGCGUGGACCUCCCGGGGCACGGCUUAUCCUCGCACCUCGCCGACGGCCACUGCUACUACCUCUUCUGGGACGGCAUCCACAUCGUCCGUCGCAUUGUCAAGCAUUUCAAUUGGGGCAAAGUCACCCUCAUGGGGCACUCUCUCGGGGGCGGAAUCGCCUUCCUCUACGCGGGGACUUACCCCGACCAGGUCGACAAGUACAUCAGCUUCGACAUCGCGAGCCCUAGUGUCCGCGACCCCGCCAAGCUCGUGGCCAGCAUCCCCGAGUGUGUCGACAAGUUCCUAAAGUACGAGACCCUCACCCCCGAGCAAAUGCCUUGUUACAAAUACAAGGAUAUGAUCGAUAUCGUGGAGGAGGCCUACAAGGGGGGCGUCUCGAGGCGCUCCUGCGAGGUGAUGAUGCGUAGGGGAAUGCGUCCGGCGGAGCACAAGGAGGGCCACUUUGUCUUUAACAGAGACCCGAGACUUAAAGUGGCCGCACUUGCGUUCAUGACGCCGGAUCAAGUGUUGCAGUUUGCGGCCCGGACCACGUGUCGGGUCUUGAACAUCCGGGGGAACCCCGGAAUGAAGUUCGACUUCCCGGAGUUCUACGAUAGGGUGCUUGACGCGAUUGACAAACAAGGGAAGGUGGAGAGGCACGUGGUCGAGGGGAGUCAUCAUCUCCAUCUCAAUAACCCGGAACGGGUCGUUGACAUUGUUGAUCAAUUUCUCGCGUCGUAAAAUUGUGAUAUUUAUUUAUUGACAGUAUUUUUAUUGUUGACUCAUUGUAGUUUCUUAUUUUAAAUAAAUGUUUACACGAAAAUUGGUAAAUUACAUCGCCAGGUGGUCACGACGAGGGAUGGUUCGUCCUGGUAGCGUUUACAAAUUUCCUCCCAUUGCAUUUCAGUGGGGCUAAAAAUCGCCUUGGAACGAAGAUUUCCUUUCACAGUUUCCAAAUCUCGCAAGAUGGUUUUAUUGCGUUCUUUGGCUUCUUCCAGUGAAAGGAAUUUUCGGUUUUUGGCGUCGACGUUGCUAUUUUUGCAUUUUUCACGUUUCUCACUAGAAAAUUUUAAAUUAAUUUAUUUAUUUUUGUUGUAAAUUGUUAAACAAACAUGUCUUGAAAUAAAGUUUCGAUUUUCUCCUCUU